CGCUGUUCAAACACCAGUCGAAAACCAUGAAUUUUCUCUGUAUAUCCUUCUUCAUCUUCCUCCUGCCCAUCGCCGGCGCAUCGCUUCCACAACCACUUUCCUUCCAGAAAGGUUUCACUCAACUCUUCGGCGGCGACACCAAUCUCCUCCGCUUCCAUAACGAUAACACCGUCCAUCUCCACCUCAACCAAUACACAGGUGCUGGAUUUAGAUCAUCAGACCUCUACAACCAUGGAUUAUUCAGUGCUAGAAUCAAACUACCUUCUGAAUACACUGCUGGAAUCGUCGUAGCGUUCUAUACUUCAAAUGGAGAUGUGUUCGAGAAGACCCAUGACGAGUUGGAUUUUGAGUUCUUAGGGAAUAUAAAAGGGAAGCCAUGGAGGUUUCAGACCAAUUUAUACGGCAAUGGAAGUACAAGCAGAGGUAGAGAAGAACGAUACACCUUGUGGUUUGACCCUUCCAAAGCCUACCAUCGUUAUACCAUCUUAUGGACCUCCUCCAAAAUCAUAUUUUAUAUAGAUGACGUUCCGAUACGGGAGAUAAUAAAAAGCGAUGAAAUGGGCAGUGACUUCCCUUCGAAGCCGAUGGCGUUAUAUGCGACCAUAUGGGAUGCUUCGAAUUGGGCUACUAACGGUGGCAAAUAUAAGGUGAAUUACAAAUACGCCCCUUUUGUGACCGAGAUGACCGACCUCGUCCUCCACGGUUGCGUCUCCGAUCCAAUUCAACAAGUUUUAACAGACGACUGCGCCCAGAUGGACAAACAACUCGAAACGAUCCAUUACAACAACAUUACACCUAAACAACAGUCUGCCAUGAAAAGGUUUAGAGAAAAAUACAUGUAUUAUUCGUAUUGUUACGAUACUUUGCGGUACUCUGUUCCUCCACCGGAAUGUGUGGUUGAUCCGUUGCUUCGACAACGAUUCAAAGAGACGGGGAGGCCGAAGUUUGACCGGCGACAUCGGCGCCACUCGAAGAAAGGAAAUCAAGUUUUGAGCAAUAAGGUGUAUGAAAUUCAAGAUGAGGAUUGAGGGUUGGGGAUAUAGAAAGAUUUAUUGUGUAUAAUACGAGUGUUUUUAUUACAGAAAUUUGAUUGUUUGAAUUUUUCACUGUAAUUUAUAUCCAUAGCAAGAUUAAAUAAAAUAAUACAUAUUAAAUUACAA